UUGCCUCCGGAAGUGCUUCCUUAGUCCGCGGCACUUGUGCGCAGGACGAAGUCGUAGUGGCCGUGGAGGCUGAAAAGGCGACGAGGGAAUCGCGGCCUUGGGUGUAGAUAUUUUCCCAGUUCAGUAAAGCCCCAGGGCUCUCACCAUGGACUUCCAGCAUCGCCCCGGGGGCAAGACCGGGAGUGGGGGCGUCGCCUCCUCUUCUGAGAGCAACCGUGACCGUAGGGAGCGCCUCCGGCAGCUGGCCCUGGAGACCAUUGAUAUCAACAAGGACCCUUAUUUCAUGAAGAACCACCUGGGCUCAUAUGAAUGCAAGCUGUGCCUGACACUCCACAACAAUGAGGGGAGCUACCUCGCACACACCCAGGGGAAAAAGCACCAGACCAACUUGGCUCGGCGAGCAGCCAAGGAGGCCAAGGAGGCCCCUGCCCAGCCGGCACCAGAAAAGGUCAAGGUGGAAGUGAAGAAGUUUGUGAAGAUCGGCCGCCCAGGCUAUAAAGUGACCAAGCAGAGGGACACAGAGAUGGGCCAGCAAAGCCUCCUCUUCCAGAUUGACUAUCCUGAGAUUGCCGACGGUAUCAUGCCACGCCACCGCUUCAUGUCUGCCUAUGAGCAGAGGAUCGAGCCCCCAGACCGGCGCUGGCAGUACUUGCUGAUGGCUGCUGAGCCCUAUGAGACUAUCGCCUUCAAGGUGCCAAGCAGAGAGAUUGACAAGGCUGAGGGCAAGUUUUGGACUCACUGGAACCGGGAAACCAAACAGUUCUUUCUUCAGUUCCACUUUAAGAUGGAAAAGCCGCCUGCCCCACCAAGCCUCCCCGCUGGGCCUCCUGGAGUGAAGCGGCCACCACCCCCACUGAUGAAUGGUUUGCCCCCACGGCCACCACUGCCUGAAUCUUUGCCUCCACCUCCACCAGGAGGCCUGCCUCUGCCCCCCAUGCCACCCAGUGGGCCUACACCUGCAGGGCCCCCAGGCCCUCCCCAGCUGCCCCCCCCAGCUCCCGGAGUCCACCCUCCGGCACCAGUGGUCCACCCACCAACAUCUGGGGUCCACCCUCCAGCUCCUGGGGUCCAUCCUCCAACACCGGUAGUCCACCCACCAACCUCUGGGGUUCAUCCCCCUGCUCCUGGGGUUCACCCUCCAGCCCCAGGAGUCCAUCCACCAGCCCCAGGUGUCCACCCUCCCCCAUCUGCUGGAGUCCACCCCCAGGCACCAGGGGUGCACCCACCAGCUUCUUCGGUCCACCCCCAGGCCCCAGGGGUCCACCCCCCAGCCCCUGGGAUCCACCCUCAGCCUCCUGGAGUCCACCCCCCUCCUCCUGGAGUUCAUCCUCCAGCUCCUGGGGUUCACCCCCAGCCUCCUGGAGUUCACCCCUCCAAUCCUGGAGUCCAUCCUCCAGCUCCCAUGCCCCCGAUGCUGAGACCCCCACUGCCCUCCGAGGGCCCUGGAAACAUUCCACCCCCUCCCCCAGCCAACUGAAAAGCUGCCCCUGUCAGUGCAAGUCUACUUUGCUGUUUUCCUGUUUUUUCUCUCUGAUAGAAAUUAGUUUUUGUACAGGGCUAUGCCAUGCCCCCAGAUCUCAUUAAACAGCCUUCUCAGGCA